AUGGCGGCCGUUCAGGCGGGUAGCAGGGCCGUCGCGGCGACGGUCUGUGGCACUAAGUUUUCCUACCUUGCUCGUCAGAGUCCGCUGUCUUCUGUCUUUGCUUCGUCAAACCGCGCUCUUUUCUGCUCGCUGUCGCAGAGGCGAUUCGCUGCUCAAUCGGUUCAGCCGCACAAGGGGGACCACGCGGCGGCCCCGUCAGUCACUCCCCGAUUCACGGACGAUAUCCCUGCUGAGUAUUACAGGUACGGCGCUUUCAAGAACUACCGCCGCGACGACAGCUGUGCUCAACCUUUGGUGCGAAUGGGAGUCGUUGUAACUGCGGUCACUGGACUCAUCUUCCUCAACCAUAUGUGGUCGUGCGACCACUGGCACUACAAGCACCGCAUUGCGGGCUCGUACCUGGACUCCGACUCAGAGUGA